AUGUUUAAUUGCAAAAUGGAGGAAUAUUCAAGUUAUGAAUUUAAAGACAACUUAACUAUAAAUAUAAUUAGAACAAAUAUCGUUAAAAGACGUUUUUGUAGUUAUACGGAAUAUAUUUUAGAAUUUAAAGUUUUAAAUAGUCAGAAAAUUUUAAAAAAAAGAUUUUCAGAUUUUUUCACUUUUUAUAUACAAUUAAAAGAUGAAUUAAAUGAUAAAUUUAAUGAAUGUUUAGAAAAGAUAAGUGUUUUACCUUCAAAGAAAUUAUUUGGUAGAUUUAAUUAUAAUUUUAUAGAAGAGAGAAGGCAAAAACUUGAAUUAUUCUUAAAAAAUAUUGCAAAAAAUAAAAAUGUAUAUUUAUGUGAUAAUUUUUAUGAUUUCUUAUGCUUAGAUAAUAUAACAAAAUAUUUAUUUAAAUUAAUGUGUACUAAAAUUAGUGAUUAUAUUAAUAUACAGAAAUUUUUGAAAAAAAUAAAUUAUAUUUUAUUUAUGUCUAGAAGUAAUACAUUAAAGAGUGCCGAAUGUGAUAUUAUAAAUUUUCUUUUUCAUAUAAAGAAAAAUUUAAAAUUAAACAAUGAAAUGAAAUUUUUUAUUUUAAAUAUUUUUCUUCAUCAUUUAACUUAUACAAAAACUCCAGAAAAUUUAUUAAAUGUUCAAUUAAUGAAAUUUGCUUUUGAAAUUAUUCAUGAAAAUUUAUUAGGAGAAAAUAUAAAUGAAGUUUUGUUAAAAACAUCUUCGGAAACAAUAUUACGAAUUGUAGAUAAAAAAAAUUAUGUAUUUUUAGAAUAUUUAAAAAUCUAUAAUUUUAAAGAAAUAUGUACCAUUUUUAAUAUAAUAAAUAAAAAGAAAGAAAAAAAAGAUGAUGAAAAAAUUGAUAACAUUGCAUUUAAUAUUUAUAUAUUAGUAUCAUUAUUAUUAUUAUCUUCCAUUCAUUUAAAUGAAAUUCAAAAUUUUUUUUCAAUGAAAAGUAAUUCAAAUAAAGGAAUCAGUAUAUUAGGUUAUAUGUAUGAUAGUCAAAAUGUUAAUAUUCAAAUUAUAUGUUGUAUUAUUUUGUCUCUAUUAAUAAUUAAUAAAAAAAUAAAAGAUGAAGAAGUUAUAUAUAAGACAAAAAUGUCUAUUUUGUUAAUUCAAAAUGAAAUACAUAAUAUAAAGAAUGUGGAUUAUCAAUUAAUUGAAAUUAUUUGUAGUAAAAAAAAUAUUAGUUUAUUAAAUAAUAUUCUUGAAUCACUACUAAAAGAUAAAGUUAUAAAAUACGAUCUUAAUUUAAAUGAUAUUGAUAAUUUUGAAAAAUAUAAAAUUGAAUAUAAUCCCUUAGAAAAAGACUUAUUUUAUGAACAGAAAGUAAAGUAUGGAGAUUUUUCAAAUAAUGAUAUUAUUUUACAAUUUAUUUUAUUCAUUAUUAAUAUUGGUAUAAGUGAAUUCUUUAUACUUAAAAGAAAUUAUAAAUUUAAAAUGAAAAAAAAUUUAUUGAAAAUAAAGUUGAGGAAAAAUAAUAUAUAUAGAAAUAAAAAGAUGAAAUUAAAAAUAAAUGAUAAGAAAAUUAUGUUAAAUGAUAAAGAAGAUGAAAACAAAUAUUUGUUACAAAUAAAAAAUAGUGAUAAUAAUAAAAAUGAAAAGAUUGAAAAAAAUGACGACAACUAUAGUAUAUAUGGUAUCGAAAUUGGAGAAGAAAAUGAAGAAAAUUAUGAAGAAAAUUAUGAAGAAAAUAGAAAAAAAAAAACAGAAAGGAAAAAGCAAAAUGUAAAAGAUCAAUUUAUAAAAAAUGAUGAUAAUAGUAAUAUUGAUAUUUAUGAAGAAAAGGACGAUGAAGAAAAGGAUGAUGAAGAAAAAGAUGAUGAAGAAGAUGAUGAUGAAGAAGAAGAUGAUGAAGAAGAAGAUGAUGAUGAAGAAGAAGAAGAUGAAAAUUACAAUGAAGAUGAUAUUGAUAAAGUUAGAAAAGAGGAAGAAAAUGAAAUAUAUAAUAUUAAGGAAGAACAUAUGAAGAAAAAAAAAGAAGAUUCAGAAUCUACUACGAGUUCAUGUAUAUCCCCGUUGUAUUCAUUCUCAAGUGAUUGUAAUAGUCUUUGUUAUGAUGAAAAUGAAAAUUCAAUGGAAAUCAAUUUAAAUAUGGAUCCUAUAAAAAAUGUAUGCUAUGAAGAUGAAUUUAGUUUAGAUUCUGGUAAUAUAAAAAAUGAUAUAUUUUUUCUUAAUAAAGUUAAAAAAAGUAAUAAUUCAAAGGAUAAUAAUUCUGUUUGUUCAAAUAAUGAUUCAAUAUAUAAUAAAGAUAUUAAAGGUAAUCAAUAUAAAAUCAAAGAAGAAAUAAAAAAUUUGCAUGAAACUAGAAAAAAGUAUGUUAGAAGAAUAAGAAGAAUAAAUGAACAAAUAAUAUUAAUAUUGUGUAAUGAAAAAAUGAUUCAAAAUAUUUAUAAAUGUACAAAUUUAGAUAAUUAUAAAAUAAAAUUUUAUGCAUCACUAAUACUUUCAUAUAUACCAGAUAUUAAUGAAAUGAUCACCAAUAAUCAUACUCAUGAAAAUGUAGAUAAUGAUAAAUGUAAUAAUGAUAAUAACUAUAAUAAUAGUGAGAAUAAUAUGAAUAUAAAAGAAGAAAUAAAAAAUUUAGAAUAUUUUCCAAAUGAAAACAUGGAAACUUUUUCUAAAUAUCCAUUUGCUACUGACACCAUCUUGAUAAAAAAAAACAAUAAAAAUUUUAUUUGUAGUGUUGAAGGAGAUUAUUAUAAUUAUAUAUAUAAAUUUAAUAUUUUAAAUAAUUUACUAUUUUACUUAUAUAAUGAAACUUCAUUUUAUGAACACAUUUUAAACAGUGUAAAAAAUUUUAUUUCUGACCAAAGUUCCAUUAUUAAUUUAAAAUAUUUGAAAAUUAAAGAAACAGAAUUAAUAAAUACCAUGUCAUUUGAUGAUUUAAGGGGAAAUAGUAAAAAGAGGAUGAAGAAGAAUGACAAGAAAAAAAAAAAAAAAAAAAAAAAAAAGGAAAAUUUUGAUAUUCAUGAAAAAAUAAAUAGUAGCGAAAGUAUUAUAUAUGAUUAUAAUAAUAAUAGUAAAAUGAGUAGUGUGAUAAAUGAAGAGAAUUGUAAAAAUGAUAAUAACGAAAAAAAUUGUACAAGUAAUAACUUAAAGAGAAUAAAUAAUAAGGAAGAUUUAAUGAAUGAAGAAAAUGCAAUUGUAGAGAACGAAUCAAAUAAUAAUCAAUGUGUAUUAUAUGAUGAUUCGAAAAUAUAUAAUCAUAUACAAUGUUUAUUUAGUUAUGUUUCUAAUUUAAGAAAAUUUGGUUUGCUAAAUAAUUUAAUUGUACAAAUGUAUAUUAAUAUAAGAAAAAAAUUGAAAUCUCUUGAUAUGAACUUUUUAUUUGAUAUAUUAAAAAAAAAAGUAGAAGAAAAAAAUGAAAUGAAAAAAAGUAUUUGUAGUUUAAAAAAAGAAUAUGAAUAUGUUAAUUUUACAUAUAAUGAUUACAUAAACUUACAAUAUGAAUCUAAUAAAUAUAUGAGUAUAAUUGAAAAAUUAUAUGAAGAAUUAGAAGAAAUUGAGAAAAAAAGAAAAAAAGUCCUUCGAAAACACAAAUAUGUUCAUAUUAAUGUUUGUAAUUACAGAAAAAAGCUAAUUCAUAUUGAGAAAAUGAUUGAAGAAUCUCCAUCAAUUAAAAAAUGUUUAAAUGAAGAAUUAAAUAAAAUAAAAGGAAAUAUUGCUCUUUAUAAAAAAGAUAAAAAAAAAUUAUCUUUUUUUAUUUUAUUACAUAAAUUUUAUUUAGAUAACUUUAAUUGUGUACUUAAUAAAUUAAAAGUAAUGAAUAAUUUAUAUGGAAAUAUAAAAUUACUCUCAACUGAUUUUGAUAAAAAUAAGAAUAUAAUAUUAAGCGAAAUGGCUUGCUUGAUUUCUAACGAUAUUAUAUUAGCUGAUUUGCUGAUGGGUAAGAUAAAUAUAAAUAUGGAUGACGAGAAUUUUUCUCUUUUAUUAGGAAGAGAGAAAAAUAUAGAUAACUUCAAUUAUAAUAUUUGUAAUGAAAAUAAAUUGAUAAUUAUUAAUAAAGAAAAUAAAGUAACUAAUAAAAAGGAUGUUGACUUAUUUAAAGUUAAUGAUAUCCUUAAUGAAAAAUACAAAUACUAUUUUAAUGAUGAUAAUAUUUUAAACAUGGAAGAAAAAAAUAUGAGUGAUGAUUUUAAAAAUUUAAAUGAAAUGGAAUUUUAUAGUAGUGAUAGUCAAACGGUAGACAGAAGAAUAAAUCAAAAUGAUAAAAUUAAAAAUGUUCAAAAUAAUUUUAAUGAAUAUAAUAUUAACAAUCAUAAUCUUUAUUAUAAUUUAGAUGAAACAUUAGAGGAUUUUAAUAAUGAUAGAAAAUAUAUAGAAGAAAAAAAAGGAAAAAACAAGCAAAAUUUUUCUUACAAUAAUAAAAUGUAUAAGGAAAGUUUUAAAAAAGAUUUUAAUAAUAACAGUACUGAAAUGUAUGAAAAUUAUGAUAGACAAAAUAGUGAAAUGGAUGAUGGAGAAAAUGAAGAAGCAUUUAAUACAGAAUUUGUUUCGAGUGAUGAAGAUAAUGCAGAUUUAAAAAAAAAAAUUGAUGAAUUAAAUAAUUUCAAAAAUAAAGAUUUAAAAUCUUUAUUACCAGAAGAUAUAAAAAUUGAUGAUUCUAUGAAUAAAAAAAUAUUUCUUGAAAUAUUAGAUAUCAUAAAAAAUCGUAAAAAACAAAUUGAAAAAAUAAUAUCACAACAAAAUAGUCAAAUAUAUAAAAAUAUACAUAAAUAUAACAAUCUUUUAAAUAAAUGUAAUAUUCAAAUUAAUGUAAAUCAGAAAAAAUAUAUUAAAUUAAACAAGCAAAUUUUAUCUAUUGACACAAAUUGUAUGAUUAAAAAAUCUGAAUAUAUAUAUAAAACCAUUAGAGAGUGGGAUGAUAAGAUAAACAUUUUAAAUGAAGAAAUUAAAAACGUAGAAAAUGAAAAAAAAGAAAAAGAAAAAGAAAUUUCUUCACAGAAAAAAAAAUUAGAAAAAAAAGAAAAAGAAAAAAACCUUAAAAAAGAAGAACUUCGAUUAUUAGUUACAGAUAUGUAUAAACAUAAUAAUAAAAUAAAGAAGAAAUACAAAAAAGAUCAGAAAAUAAUUUUAUUAAUAUUAUAUAAUUCGUGGUUUUUAUAUCAUUAUAUUUAUAUAAUAUAUUUGAAUACAUUGAAAUUAAAAAAUUAUUUAUCUUAUAAACAAAGUUUAAAUGAAAUUUGUCUUUCUUCAGCUAAAGAAACUAUUUUAAAUAUUAAUUUUUUUUCCGAAUUGUUAGAUGAAAAUGAUUUUUAA